CAGAGGCCACUUGGGCAGUUGUCAUUCCCCAAAACUUGACGUAAGAGGAAACCUCAAGAGGACGAAGUUUCUCCCUUGGGAAUUGAGAGCUGUGACAAUUUGUUGCGAACUCAGUCUGUCAUCAUCUUAUCUCCUUCUUCCUCUCCCCUUGCCCCCCAUUAAAAAACGCCUCCUCGUAUCCUUCUUCUUCCUCAUCAUCCUCUCUUCUCCAGCCAGUAGGACCAGCAAGCUCUCAUCUUUUUCAGCUCGGGUCGCGGGGGAGAGGGAAGGGAAAGAUGGGUUUCAGUGCUCGGGUGUGCCUGUUGACUUACUUGUUCCUUCUGGGCACAAUCUCCCCUCCCUUCCGCUCUCAUCAGGUCCUUGCUGAAGAAGCACAUUCCAAGCUCAAGCUCAGCUCUCAGAUCCUCCAGGAUUCAAUAGUGAAGCAGAUAAACGAACACCCAAAUGCUGGCUGGAAAGCUUCCCUGAACCCUCGCUUCUCAAACUUCACGGUUGGUGAAUUUAAGCAUCUACUCGGAGUGAAGCCAACCCCUCACAGGGAGUUGAGGCAGACUCCUGUCAUAAGCCACCCAAAGUCCUUGAAGCUUCCGAACAAUUUUGAUGCCAGAACUGCCUGGUCCCAAUGUUCCACUAUUGGAAGAAUCCUAGAUCAGGGCCACUGUGGAUCUUGCUGGGCUUUUGGAGCAGUGGAGUCAUUAUCUGAUCGUUUCUGCAUCCACUUCGGCACGAACGUUUCUCUGUCAGUUAAUGACCUCCUGGCAUGCUGUGGCUUCUUGUGUGGAGGCGGUUGUGAUGGUGGUUACCCGAUCUAUGCCUGGAGAUACUUAAUGCACCAUGGUGUUGUCACCGAGGAGUGUGAUCCAUACUUCGAUGAUAUUGGCUGCUCUCACCCGGGUUGCGAGCCUGCAUAUCCUACCCCAAAGUGUGUCAGGAAGUGUGUGGAUGGCAACCAAAUGUGGAGGUCUUCGAAACACUACAGUCUCAGCACUUACAGGGUCGACUCUGACCCCUACAAUAUCAUGGCAGAAGUCUACAAAUAUGGACCGGUCGAGGUGUCUUUCUCUGUAUAUGAGGAUUUCGCACACUACAAGUCGGGCGUUUACAGGCACAUUACCGGUGACAUGAUGGGAGGCCAUGCCGUGAAAUUGAUCGGUUGGGGAACCACUGAUGAUGGAGAGGACUAUUGGCUCGUGGCAAACCAAUGGAACAGAAGCUGGGGUGAAGAUGGGUAUUUCAAGAUCAGGAGAGGGACAAAUGAGUGUGGGAUUGAAGAGGAUGCUGUUGCAGGUCUGCCAUCGACCAAGAAUCUUGUCCGGGAGUUUGCCGGUGAAGCUGAGGAUGGUGCUUAUGUUUCAAUGUAAGGGUCAGACGUCGUUUCCAUUAUUAGGAUGAUGGUUGUUACUUAUGAUCGAUUGCAUCAGUCUCAGAAAUAAUGACAUGACAUGUCAGGUUUACUGACUUGGGCUGAUGCAUUUAUUAUAGUUUGCUGCUGUUUCCAUCAAUGUCUCAAAGUGAACGACACAAAAUUUACCUUUCUUUGUCAUACAUUGGCUUACUUCAGCAAUGUACAUACGCUCGGUGCUGAUAUUUAAGCUUUGCGUUAUAACCA